GGGGCGGGCUCAGGGUUUGCGGCCAACGGCGGGAAACGCCUCCGGAGCAGGGGCUUGAGGGGUGAGCUCUCCUACCUUAUUCCUGCAAAUAUGUAGGAGCCGCGGGUGGCCCCGAGAGAGCGAGGCCCAGUUCCACUCCUACUGUACCCUGAGUUUAAGACUUAAGACCUAAUCUUCGACCUGAGAGGAGGCCAGGCUGGGCUCACAUGCCUGCAGCAGGAUUCAGAGUACUCGGACAUACUCAGAGGAAAGCAGCCCAAAGUAGGCAGCGCUGAUAAUUUGUCCCAAAGCUGUGUUGUACUGUCAGCAGUUCUUGUCUGGGUGUGAAGAACUCUAGGCUGAGUGGGCUAUUAAUGACUGAAUGGGCUCUGCUGGGAAGGCUUGUCCUCACACCAUGACAGCUGAUGUGUCAGAAGCUGGAGAGCUAGCUCUGGAGCCUCUACUCACUUGCAAGCUAUGUCUCUGUGAAUAUUCCCUGGAUAAGAUGACCACUCUUCAGGAAUGCAGCUGCAUCUUUUGUACAGCGUGUCUAAAACAGUACAUGCAGCUGGCAAUUCAAGAAGGUUGUGGCUCUCCUAUCACAUGUCCAGACAUGGUAUGCUUGAACCAUGGGACUCUACAAGAAGCAGAGAUUGCCUGUUUGGUGCCUGUUGACCAGUUUCAGUUGUACAAGAGGUUGAAGUUUGAACGAGAGGUGCACUUGGACCCCCAGAGAACGUGGUGCCCCACGGCCGACUGCCAAACAGUGUGCCACAUUGCACCAAGCGAGCCUAGAGCACCGGUGCCAGUGGAGUGCCCGGCUUGCCACCUGAUGUUCUGCUCCUCUUGCAAGGAGGCCUGGCACCUGCAGCACCUGUGCCGGGAAAACCAACCUACUCCAGUCCCAACCGAGCAGGGAUCCCUUAUUGGAACAGAGACAGAGGCACCAAUUAAGCAGUGCCCAGUUUGUCGGAUCUAUAUUGAGCGAAAUGAGGGCUGUGCUCAGAUGAUGUGCAAGAACUGCAAGCACACGUUUUGCUGGUACUGUCUACAGAACUUGGAUAACGAUAUCUUCUUACGCCAUUACGACAGAGGCCCUUGCAGAAACAAGCUCGGCCACUCACGGGCUUCAGUGAUGUGGAACAGAACUCAGGUUGUGGGGAUCCUCGUUGGACUCGGUAUCAUAGCACUGGUGACCUCUCCUUUGCUGCUGGUGGCAUCUCCCUGCAUCAUCUGCUGCAUUUGCAAAUCUUGCCGGAGCAAAAAGAAAAACCACAGCCCACCAACCACCUAAAACUCUGUGUCUGUUUGAGUCUCCUCCACCUGUACAGCAUAUAUAUGUGAGAAAGCACAUUGGCUGUAUUUUGGUGCCACACCUACCAAAUAAUGCUUGUUUUUUUCUGCCAA